UUAUUCGUCGGUGCGCCACCAUAUCGCUGUCAUUUUCUAGGCGUUGGCUGCGUUGAGAUAUAACAAAACAUUGGAGGUUGAGGUUGGAGCAGGCGGAAUAAAUUUCGCUAAAGACAAAUUAUGUUUAGUGGGUUCCACCAGACAUAACAUGAAAAUGCUUACAUUUUUUUCUUAUAUAUACCAUAGCCAUAGGAGAAGAUCUACAGAUUUCAUAGACCAACCGCAACCCUUCGUAUCCAUUUCCUUCGUCCCGUCUCGCCUCCACCUCUGCCUCUAUCUCCUUAGCUAAUCUCUUCCUCGCUCUCUCUUUUCAUUUUACCUUCUAUUUUGGCGUCUGGGUUGCUCGGGUUUUACAACUUUCUUAAAUACAUAUUUGGAUUAAGGUUGAUUUCCUUUAUAUUCUUUUCGGGUUCUUUCAAUGGGGUUGGAUGGGGAUCAUUUCUGUCUUGAGCUUGAGGAUGGAACGAAGCCGGGUGGAAAUGACCUGGGUUUGGAGAAGGAACCAAAAACUAUAGCCAUUGAGGAUGCUGUUAAGGUUCUGUUGCAGGGUUUGGGAGAAGAUGUCAACAGAGAAGGUAUUAAGAAAACUCCUCUUCGUGUUGCCAAGGCACUUCGAGAAAGAACAAGAGGUUACAAACAAAAAGUGAAGGAUAUUGUUCAGGGAGCUUUAUUCCCUGAAGUGGGUCUGCGUGAUAGAGUUGGUCAUGCUGGUGGAGCAGGUGGGCUUGUGAUUGUUAGGGAUCUCGACAUGUUCUCGUAUUGUGAGUCCUGCCUGCUCCCAUUUCAAGUCAAGUGUCAUGUAGGUUAUGUGCCAUCGGGUGAGCAGGUUGUCGGAUUAAGCAAGCUGUCUAGAGUAGCUGAUAUAUUUGCAAAACGACUGCAAGACCCACAGCGUCUAGCAGAUGAAGUAUGUUCAGCUCUGCACCUUGGAAUCAACCCAGCAGGGGUUGCUGUGAUUCUUCAAUGUUGGCACAUUCAUUUCCCAAACCUGGAGUCAGUCUUUCAUGACGCAAAGCAUCAGGGAUGGAUAACGGUGUUGGUCUCUUCAGGUUCAGGAGUUUUUGAAAACGAAAAUGCUGAUGCUUGGUGUGACUUUCUGGGUCUUCUGAAAUUCAGAGGUGUAACUGCGGACAGAAUUCUAACCAGGGACUCGGAAAAAAAAAGUUGGUGCCCUUCCUAUUCUUCCUCAGUGGCUAAGGGUUCUUCUGAGUUAAUAGCACCUAACCCUCGAAUGGUUGCUGCCAUAGCUUCGAUACUUGGAUCUUUGGGUGAAGAUCCAUCAAGGAAAGAGCUUCUAGAAACUCCUAGCCAUUUCGUGAGGUGGUUGAUGAACUUUCAGAAUACCGAGUUGGAGAUGAAGUUCAACGGCUUCACUUGUGGCAUAAAAGAUGUUCUUAAACCUAAUGGAGAAUGCUCCCACAAUCAUCAACAGCUGCACGCAGAGUUGAGCCUAUCAUUCUGGUCUCAAUGUGAGCAUCAUCUGCUUCCUUUUCAUGGUGUGGUCCAUAUAGGAUACAUGUGCCCUGAAGGAUUCAAUCCCAUUGAAAAGUCCCUUUUGCAGUCAAUAGUACAUUUUUAUGGUUUCAAGCUGCAAGUGCAAGAAAGACUUACUAGGCAAAUAGCAGAGACGGUUUCAUCAAUCUUAGGUGGAGAUACCAUGGUAGUAGUGGAGGCUAACCACACCUGCAUGAUUUCCAGAGGGAUCGAGAAGCUUGGCAGUAACACAGCCACGAUUGCUGUGCUGGGUCAAUUUUCAACCGACCCUGCCAUCAGGGCUCUGUUUUUGGAGAGGAUUCCAAGCAGUACUACAUCUGGAAUGUUCUAAUAAUGCCAGCCUUUGCCUCAUUUUCAUGCUUUUUAAGUGAGCAACAAUGUGGUCUAAUUUGUAAUGUAUUAUUUCUUCCUGUAUUACUAAAAUGCAGCCAGCUAGGGUGUGUUCCAAUAAAUUAUUAGCGUGGUGGGAAUUCCAGUUAUUCUCAGGUGGUCAAUAUUAAGGCUCUUACUCACUGUAACAUAAAUCCCCAGUGAAAGAAUUUCAGGGGUGAGUUGUACUUCUGGUCUCCAAAAACUCUUGAAGCAUAUUUUCAGAA